AUGGCAAGUAACGGAUCCCGGACCCGGGAUGGGUGCUAUCACUGCCGGCAAAGAAAGAAAAGAUGCGACAAGUACAAACCCGAGUGCGGCAAGUGUAAAAAAGACGGUGUUGCCUGCGUCUAUCCAAGCCUGGACCCGACCUCAGAGUUGAAGUUCACAGAACCUUGGAGCGGGCCAUGGCGAGGACAACACCCCAUCCUUCCUCUCAAGACGGCCGCCAAUAAUUCUUUCGUAAAUAUCGCGCGAGAUGAGCUUGCUUUCAUUUGCCAGCAGUACAUCGAGAAUCCGGUGCGGCGAAUAACCGCAGGUCGGCAAUGCCAGCAGCAGUCGGCUCCGUCGCUGAAUGAUUUGCCUCUCAAACCCAAUCCGUCAUGGCGACCCAUGUCGAACACGGAGUCGAAACUGGUACAGUAUUGCAAGUCACAUCACUUUGAAGUCAUCAGCAACAGCAAAGUCUACGUGGACACCGAAAGCAACAUCUUCAAGUCGUCUGUCAUGCCUAUCCUUCUCAGCAAUGACGGCCCGCUUCUAUCGACGGUCCUUGCUCUAAGCGCUGCCGAAUGGGAUCGCAGAGGCGCUCACGACGGAGUCGAUUAUGGCAACAGCGCCAUCCGAUACAAGGGGAGGGCUCUGAGCCAGCUCAGGUCCAGCAUCAUGGCGGAGACAAAUGCCGAGGAGAAUGUCUUGACGUGUGUGCUUCAGGCCUCGUUGGAGAUCUCGGCAGGUUCUGGGCCGGACUGGCUGCUCCAUCUCCGCGGUGCAUUGGCGAUCAUGGAAAACCAUCCUGGUUGUGUCAGCGCCAAUUGUGCAGCUUUAGCUCUGCAAUACUUCCGAUUCCGAUACAUCUUGAUGAAGACGACGGAAAACAGAGAGCCUGGCCGGAAUGAUGCAAAAACAAAUUGCUCCAAGUCAGAUCAGUGCGGCGAUGCAAUCGAGGCUCUCAACAGAAUCUCUCUGAGGCCGGAGAGCCGACAGACUGUCCACCCCCAGACUGGCUGCUCGACUGAGUUGGUUGAGCUGAUCGACCUCAUCAGUUUGACGGCGACCAACGAGCAGCAGUCAACAGCAACAUCUGAAGAUGGCCCUUCUUUGGAGAAACGCAUUCGGGAGUUGGAGUUCCACGCAACGGAGGAUUAUCUCUUGAAAAGCGCGGAAUGUUUCAGACUCGCCACGCUGAUAUACUUGCACCUCAAGGUGUACCACGCCCCGAUCCGGUUUCCGUCAAUGUCGACCUUGCUGCAGCCGUUGAUAGAUUGUCUCGCAGAGGUCAUCCGCGAAGAUCUGCCGCGGCGGUCAUUCCCGAUGUGGCCGCUGUUCAUCGCGGGAUGCGCCAGCUGCAUUGACGAGCAUCGCAAAGCUGUGCUCGACAUGCUGAAUCUUCUCGACGAUAAGUGGCCCAUCAGCAACAUAUCGACCGUCACUGAAGUCAUGGCGACGAUCUACAACUUCCGGGACCUCAACGACGGUUUGGCCGCAACUGUGCAACAUGACUGGCAGAAUAUCAUUGGCAAGUUCGGAUGGAAGCUGUCUCUGUCGUGA